GGUCACAUGAGUAGAACGCUCCGAGAAGGACAAAAAUGAGGCAGCCCCUGCCUUCCCAGAGGUUCUGUUCUGCUGAGAGAAUAUAGAGGAGUAAAUAGAAGUGAACAGUCUGUCCUCAUGGGCCUCCUCAGGCUUUUGCGACGCCCUUCCAUCCUGUGGGCCCGGAGUCCCGCCCGAGGGUCGCCGCCCCCGAUCCGGGCCCAGCACCCGCCUCCAUGCAGACCCUCUGGAGGGCGCCCCUACAAGGCUGUGAUAUUCGACAUGGGCGGGGUUCUCAUCCCCUCUCCAUCCUCGGUGGCCGCAGAGUGGGAGGCCCGGAACCGCAUCCCUUCUGGAACAAUCAUCAAGGCCCUCGUCGCUGGCGGGGAGAAGGGGCCCUGGAUGCGGUUCAUGAGAGGGGAGAUGACGGCGGAGGGGUUUCUGCGGGCCUUUGGGACGCAGUGCUCCGAGAUGAUAAAGUCGCCGGUGCCGGUUGACUCGUUUUUCUCCCUGAUGACCAGCGGACACGUCGCGAAGCAGUUUUCAGUGAUGACAGAAGCGAUAAAUCGAAUCCGGGCAGAAGGCCUGAAGACUGCAGUUCUUAGUAAUAACUUUUAUCUCCCCAGUGGGGAGAGCUUUUUGCCUCUGGACCGGAAACAGUUUGAUGUGGUGAUUGAAUCCUGCCUGGAGGGGAUCUGUAAGCCGGACCCUCGCAUUUAUGAGAUAUGCUUGCAGCGGCUGCAGGUGGAACCCGCAGAAUCCAUCUUUCUUGAUGACCUCUCACACAAUUUAAAAGCAGCUGCCCAGCUUGGCAUUCACACUAUAAAGGUUAAUGAUGCAGAAAGUGCCUUAAAAGAACUAGAAACCCUUCUGGGUUUCUCUUUACGGAAGAUUAUUCCAAACACCUGUUCUGUGAGAAAGAUAAUGGAAAUUCCAAGAGAUUCCCUGGAGAAAUACCUCAAAAACUUUCUAGGAAGUCAAGCAGCAGUUUCGAGUCCCAUGAAAGUCCUGCAGUUUAGCCACGGGCAGUCCAAUCCAACUUACUCCAUCAAGUUGGCCAAUCACCACUUGGUCCUGAGGAAGAAGCCACCAGGAAAACUCCUUCCCUCUGCCCAUGCCGUGGAGAGGGAAUUCAGGAUAAUAAAGGCCCUCCGUGACGCUGGAGUUCCUGUCCCCAAAGUUCUUGAUCUCUGUGAGGAUUCCAGUGUCAUCGGCACGCCGUUCUACCUGAUGGAGUACUGCCCCGGGCAGAUCUACAAGGAGGCCUCGCUUCCAGGCCUGGAGCCCAGCCGGAGGAAGGCCGUCUACACUGCCAUGAACCAGGUGCUGUGCCAGCUUCACCGUGUGGACGUUGAGGCGGCGGGUCUGGGAGACUACGGGAAGCACGGGGACUAUGUUCAACGCCAGGUUCAAACCUGGACCAAGCAGUACCGGGCCACAGAAACCAGCACAAUCCCAGCCAUGGAGAGGCUCAUCGAAUGGCUUCCACAGCACCUACCCAAGGCUCAGAAGACAACGGUGGUGCAUGGAGAUUUCAGGCUAGACAACCUGAUCUUUCAUCCAGAAAAGGCCGAGGUGCUCGCCAUCCUGGACUGGGAGCUGUCCACCUUGGGCGAUCCUCUCUCCGAUGUGGCCUAUAACUGCAUGGCUCACUAUUUGCCAUCUGAUUUUCCUCUCAUAAAAGGCUUGAGUGAUUUGGAUGUUACUCAGCUAGGAAUCCCUACUGCCGAGGAGUAUUUCAAAAUGUAUUGCCGUCAAAUGGAGAUCCCGGUGGCUGAAAACUGGAACUUCUACAUGGCCUUCUCCUUCUUCCGAGUGGCCGCCAUCCUGCAAGGGGUCUACAAACGCUCUCUCGAAGGUCAGUCGAGUUCAGCAGCUGCAGAGCAAAGUGGGAAGCUGGUUGAGUUCAUGUCUAACCUGGCGUGGGACUUUGCUGUCAAGGAAGGGUUUCGGAUUUUCAAAGGGCUGCCGACCCCAAGGCUGUCGACAAGAGCCUACGGUCUGUGGGCCUCCCGGAGGCCGCCGCUCCUCCCGGGCGGAACGAGAUCUCUGGCCACCGCUUCCCAGGCGCCUCAGGCCGCUGGCCCCAAAGGGGUCCUGAUUAUCUCUCCGGAGGGCCUCCCAGAACCGGUCCGGGAGCUCCAUGGCAGGCUGGAGAGAUUCAUAGAAACCCACGUGUAUCCCAUUGAACAAGACCUGAGGAAUCACCAGAUGUCCGAGGCCAGGUGGACGCCGGCUCCACAAAUCGAAAAGCUCAAGGAGAAAGCCAGGUCUGAAGGGCUCUGGAACCUCUUCCUGCCGCUCGAGACCGACCCCGAGCGCAAGUACGGCGCGGGCCUGACCAACCUGGAAUACGCGCACCUGUGCGAGCUCAUGGGCAAGUCCCUGCCCGCCCCAGAGAUCUUUAACUGCUCCGCCCCGGACACGGGAAACAUGGAGCUGCUGGUGAGGUACGGGACCGAGCAGCAGAAGACCCGGUGGCUGCUGCCCCUGCUGGACGGGAAGAUCCGCUCGUGCUUCGCCAUGACCGAGCCCCAGGUCGCUUCAUCGGACGCCACCAAUAUCGAGUCUUCCAUCAGGGAGGAGCGCGGGGGCUACGUCAUAAACGGCCACAAGUGGUGGAUAUCAGGAAUCCUGGAUCCCCGGUGCCAGCUCUGCGUGUUUAUGGGAAAAACAGACCCACGCGCCCCGCGCCAUCAGCAGCAGUCCGUCCUGCUGGUGCCCAUGGAGACCCCGGGCAUCAGGGUCAUCAGGCCGCUGAGCGUCUAUGGGCUGGAGGACCCUCCAGGAGGCCACGGGGAGGUCCUGUUCGAGAACGUGCAGGUGCCUAAAGACCACCUGGUCCUGGGCCCCGGCCGCGGCUUUGAGAUCGCGCAGGGCAGGCUCGGCCCGGGCAGGAUCCACCACUGCAUGCGCCUGAUCGGGUACUCGGAGAGAACGCUGGCCCUCAUGAAGGAGCGGGUGAAGUCCCGAGUGGCCUUCGGGAAGCCGCUGGUGGAGCAGGGGACGAUCCUGGCCGACAUCGCCAAGUCGCGGGCCGACAUCGACCAGGCCAGGCUGCUGGUGCUGAAAGCCGCGCACCUCAUGGACGUGGCGGGGAACAAGGCAGCCGCUUUAGACAUCGCCAUGAUCAAAAUGGUGGCUCCCACCAUGGCCCUGCGAGUGAUUGACCGCGCCAUUCAGGCCUUUGGAGCUGCAGGACUGAACAACGACUCCCCCCUGGCCCAGUUCUUCUCCUGGGCGAGGGCGCUCCGGCUUGCAGACGGCCCCGACGAGGUCCACCGGGCCACGGUGGCGAGGAUGGAGCUGAAGCGCUAGCCCUCGGCCGCGCCACGGUGGGAGGAACUGGGGAGCUUGGGGGUAACUCGGGGGGCGCCGCUUUCGUCGUCGUGCUGGCAACGAUCUCUGGGGUCUCUUACCCAGGAAGCCCGGAGUCUGAUGAUGGGGCAGAGCCUGGCCCUCCCGGGCCCCUGCAGAGGCCUCAAAGCCAGCCUUGGGCCUCUGGGGGCCUGCGCGCGAGGUCAGUGGAUGGGGUGGGCACAGACCCCGGGACUGGCCAGCUUUGCCCAGCGGUGCCCUCCUCUGCCCCCGAGGAACGCCCGAUGCUUGAGAGAGCAUGGGCAGAGUGUCCAGGGGCCGGAGGGCGUUCCUGACAGCCCCCGCUUAGCCGCCACAGGGGCUCCCUGGGGAGCAAAUCGUGUGGUCCCAGACAAUGGAAAGCGGACCUAAAAAAUUAGGAAAAAAAUCACACGGUCUUGGGGCGCAUCCAGGGAACAUGAAAGAUGUUCAGAAUAAAGCAUUUUAAUUUGGUCCA